AGCUUGCGGAUUCCAGAAGCUUAUUACAUACUACCUUUGCAAAAACUCCUUUUUUCCGCUCUGUGCUAUCGCGCCCUUCCUAGCUCCAUCUGCCAAAUCCUCCUCCUCACAUUUCCACCCCCGCAGCCGGUCUAGUUCAGUAGUCAACCAUCGCCUGACGUUCAUUGGCCGCAGGUCAGCACCGCGCCAGGUGGAUACCGCAAGGGCGGUUAGCGUUCUCCAAAGAGGAAUCAAGAGGAACAAGAGCAAUUGGAAGAAGUUGCGGAUUGCUCAGGGCCAGUCGUGGUUCACCAUGAGCUGUCAGAUUCGUCGGACGGAUUGUCGUAGCGACUAAGGAGCAUAUCAGAACUGAGGAACAGGAGUUCCUGCGGGUGUCCCUUAUCACGGUGAUUCCGUGACCACGUGGAGACGGCAGGUCCGAGUCAAACGGAAGCCGGUCCUCCGAGGUCGAGGCCGGCGUCGGCGACAACUAGACCAUGAUAGACCCAAGCUCCUCUGAGGAGGAGAGUGAGGAGGACCAGGGCCUUCACCACGGGGGUGGCGGCGGGGGCCGUGGCGGAAGUGGUAGUUCACACGGUUCCCGCCACCAUGCUGGUAGUAGAGGCAUGGGCCCGGGUUCUGGACUUGCCGGAAGUGUUGGUUCGGCUAGUUCGGGACUCACAGCAUCUCCUGGUGGCUCAAGUCUCGGAGGCCACGUCGGAUCAGCCGGUGCUCAUGGAAGAUCAGGAGGUCAAACUUCAGCGAUUCAGCAAGAAGCCGUUGCUGCCGGGCUGGACGUUCCCAACUUAUCCAGCGCCAGGAGUUCUCUUUCACCUUCUAUGAGCGCUGCCCAGGAUGCGGCUAAUUAUGCAAAAUCCGCCCAAAGACCAACCAGCCCUUCGCCGUCGGUCGCCAGCGAGAAGACUGAGGCUGAAUUGCUGGACAAACAAGAGAGAGAAGAGGAGGAGAGAAAAACACGAAUACAACUCUACGUGUUCAUUUCGAGAUGUAUAGCUUAUCCAUUCAAUGCCAAACAACCCACAGACAUGACACGAAGACAAAUGAAGAUCACAAAACAGCAACUAGAGACUUUGUGUUCCCGCUUCCAGGCUUUUCUGAAAGGAGAGACGCAAAUCAUUGCAGACGAAGCCUUCCACAAUGCCAUACAAAAUUAUUUUGAUGUAUUCUUAAAAUCGGAGAGGGUGGUCAGAAUGGUACAAAGCGGUGCAUGCUCACAGCACGACUUCCGCGAGGUGUUCAAGAACAAUAUCGAAAAGCGUGUUCGCAGCCUCCCGGAAAUCGACGGGUUGAGCAAAGAGACUGUUCUUACGUCCUGGUUGGCCAAAUUCGAUUGUAUAUUUAAAGGCACCGGUGACGAGGACACCAAGAGGCCUUCCAGGAUGCAACAGCAGUCCUUAAAUUCCGAACUGAUACUGUCGAAGGAGCAGCUGUACGAUAUGUUUCAGCAAAUCCUUGGCGUUAAAAAGUUCGAACAUCAGCUUCUGUUCAACGCCCUCUUGUUGGACUCAGCCGACGAACAGGCUGCUGCCAUCCGGAGGGAGCUGGACGGUCGCAUACAAAGAGUCAACGAAAUGGAGAAGAACCGAAAGCUUAUGCCAAGGUUUCUCCUAAAAGAGAUGGAGUCGCUCUACAUUGAGGAACUCAAGUCGUCUAUCAACCUGCUAAUGGCUAAUUUGGAGUCGUUGCCUGUCUCCAAGGGUUCGAUAGACAGCAAAUACGGGCUGCAGAAGCUGAAGCGCUACAACCAUCGCGGUGAGCGCUCCCGCUGCCGCAGUCAGGGUUCUCUCGCAAAACUGGAGGGCGACUCCGCUGAUUCCGACCCCCAACUCACAAAAAUGGACGUCGGCCUGACAUUCCAAUUGGAAGUUAUUGUUAUGGAAGUCAAAGGCCUUAAGAGUCUCGCGCAAAAUAGAAUUGUUUAUUGUACUAUGGAAGUGGAAGGCGGCGAAAAACUGCAGACUGAUCAAGCUGAAGCCUCGAAGCCUAUGUGGGAUACUCAGGGAGAUUUUUCGACGACCCAUCCGUUGCCAAUCGUGAAGGUUCGAUGCUAUACCGAAAAUCCUGGAAUGCUGGCUCUCGAGGAUAAAGAACUGGGCAAAGUGAUUCUCAAGCCUACUCCGAUGUCCAGCAAGAAUCCUGAAUGGCAUCGCAUGACCGUCCACAGAAGCUGUCCAGAUCAGGAUCUCAGGAUAAAGAUCGCCUGUCGAAUGGACAAGCCGUUGAACAUGAAGCACUGUGGUCACCUUUACGCCCUGGGAAAAUCCGUCUGGAAAAAGUGGAAGAAUCGGUACUACGUGCUGGUCCAGGUCUCGCAGUACACGUUUGCGAUGUGCUCGUAUAAAGAGAAAAAAAGCGAGCCGUCGGAAAUGAUGCAGCUCGAUGGCUAUACAGUGGACUAUAUCGAGGCCGUUUCUGCCAACCUUAUGGCUGGCAUGGAUUUACAGGGUGGAAGGUACUUCUUCAAUGCUGUUCGUGAGGGGGAUAACAUAGUCUUCGCAUCGGAGGAUGAAAAUGAGUGUCAUUUGUGGGUGAUGGCCAUGUAUAGAGCGACUGGUCAGUCUCAUAAGCCAACUCCGCCAGUAACGAUAGCCGACAAAAACUCUACCAUUAGCAAGAUUCAAGGAGACGCUGAUAGGGCAAGAAAGCAUGGAAUGGAGGAUUUUAUCAGUGCUGAUCCGUGCAAGUUUGAUCACGCGGGUCUGUUCAAGUUCCUGCAGAAUUUAACUUUGGAUUAUAGACUGAAUGAUCCAUAUUGCUCUUUGGGAUGGUUCUCUCCUGGGCAAGUCUUUGUUCUGGAUGAAUAUUGCGCAAGAUAUGGUGUUCGUGGAUGUUUUCGACAUCUAUGUUAUCUCAGUGAUCUGCUAGAUCGAGCUGAAAGGGGAGUCAUGAUAGACCCGACUUUGAUUCAUUAUAGUUUCGCUUUUUGCGCAAGUCAUGUUGUUGGGAAUAGGCCUGAUGGUGCUGGAUCAGUAACACACGAAGAAAAGGAUAAGUUCCAAGACAUCAAAGAACGACUUAGACAACUGUUAGAGAAACAGAUAACGAACUUCAGGUUCAGCUUUCCGUUUGGGAGACCGGAGGGAGCACUCAAAGCUACCUUGUCUCUUCUCGAACGAGUCUUGAUGAAGGAUAUUGUAACACCAGUGCCACCAGAGGAAGUCAGAGGGAUGAUAAAAUCUUGCCUAGAGACAGCCGCUCAUGUAAACUACGAGCGAUUAUCUACUGAGGCAAAGAUAGAGGACGACUUUAAUGGUGAAGUCUGUGUACCUCCUAGUAAGAAACUUGAAGACCUCAUUCACCUCGCCGAGAUCUGCGUCGACUUACUGCAGCAAAAUGAAGAACAUUAUUCGGAGGUAGCGUUCGCCUGGUUUAGCGACCUCCUGGUGGAGCACGCAGAGAUCUUCUGGUCUCUCUUCGCCAAGGACAUGAACAAGGUUCUCAGCGAGCAGCCACCAGACACCUGGGAUAGCUUCCCACUGUUCCAAAUCUUGAACGAUUAUUUGAGAACAGAUGACAACCUGAAGAACGGGAAGUUCCAUCAACAUCUUCGGGACACCUUCGCGCCGUUAGUCGUUCGGUACGUGGAUCUGAUGGAGACUUCGAUCGCUCAAUCAAUUCACAAAGGAUUCGAGAAGGAGCGAUGGGAAAUCAAGGGCAACGGAUGUGCCACAUCGGAAGACCUAUUCUGGAAGCUGGACGCCUUGCAGUCCUUCAUCGGAGGGUUGCACUGGCCUGAUCAAGAAUUCAGAAGCCAUCUGGAACAACGUCUCAAACUGAUGGCGAGUGACAUGAUCGAGUCUUGUAUCCAGAGGACAGAUACAGCGUUCCAGCAAUGGCUCAAAAAGGGUGUAACGUUUAUCUCGACAGAUUACAUUAUUCCCUCUGAGAUGUGUGCUAUGGUGAAUGUAAUCCUGGACGCAAAGAAUCAAAGUUUUAAGCUUUGCGCUGUCGAUGGAGUGGAUGUGCAUCAGUGUCAUGGGAAAAUAGAUGACCUUAUUGACAGAACAUCAGCUUCAAUGUCCCAAGGAAUGAUCAAUAAGCUGGUUACCGUCCUCGAGGCAACAUUAUCCAAAUUGUCACGUUAUGACGAGGGAUCCCUUCUUGGAGCGGUUCUUAGUUUUGCGAAGGUUUCUGGAAGCGGAAAGGAAAUGGGUCAAGCCUAUGUCAAUUUCGCGAGGAAUUGUAUGGACCAAAUUCGUGGUAAGGUUAUCGACGAACUGUGGAUUAUGACCUUUUUCGAGCAAUGGUAUACCUCACAAAUUGAGAUGCUGUGCACCUGGCUCUCCGAGAGGCUGGAUCACAGUUUGCAUCUGUACCAAUGCACUUGUCUCGCUCACAUCGUGAAAAAGAUCUAUUCAGACUUCGAGCUUCAGGCAAUCGCGGAGAACAAACUUAACUCGAAGACAUAUCAAACGAUAUCUCAGAGGAUGCAGACAGAGGAAGCAACUUGUGCCUUAAACAUGAGCGCUCAGAAUGAGGAAGGGCUUUCAGAAAAUGGCAACGACGACGAUGUUGACAGGCCAAAAACGAAGGUGACCAUUGUGGAUUCAAUAGCGGGAGAAGACGGAAAUUUUUCCAAUAUCAGCAACGUUACUUCUAAUGUGGUUGGCAAAGUUGGAAGUAUGUUUGGCAAGGGCAUCGGUGGCCUUUCAACGAAAUUUGGCGGAGCCACAAGCUGGUUCUAGUUAUUUUCCAGUAUUCUAAAACUAAACUUCGUUUGUCUAGAACGUCCCUUCAUAAAAUCAUCUACUAUCUAAUAUUAAUUUAAAAAAAAAGUAAUAUCGAGCGAGAGGACAUCGAGUUGUAUAUCAGAUACCCUAGAAGUAAAAACGAGUCUCUAAGAUUUUAACUGGGUCGCCAGUCGAAUCAAGUGUCCUCAUUAUCAUGUCCCACCAAGUUGUUUCGUGUUACGUCGAGAGCGGCGCUACAUUUGAAAGUAUUUUCCGUGUGAAAGGGUUUAAUUCUAACGAAUUAAAAAUGUUCGGCAAGCCUCCGCCCCAGAGACGGAAGUCUAUCUACGUUAUCGGCCACAAAGCUCUUAUCACGAUGCCAAUUAAAAUUAGGGUAGACGAAAGAUGUAAGGUAUAAGAAAGAAAUAAUAUAGAAGAAAAUAAAAAAAUAAACUAGAAGAAAGAAGUAAGUUAGGAGCAAGAACUUAGUCGAAGGAAUCAAGAAAAAUUCAGACGAGGAAUGUGAUGCCAUUUUAAAUGAAAAAGACGUGUCACGAAGCGAACACGUCCCACCUGAAAUUUCGUAUAUACGAUACGCACCGUAAAUGAAAGACCGAUAUAUAAGAGUUUAAGUAACAAA